CAGCAAUGAGGACAAGAGGCUCAGUAAUAUCCAAAGUAAACACAGCAUUCCACACGACUCGCAUUGGAUAAGCGCUUGGGAGAACUCCUUGGCAUCAUUUUUCUGUACGGAUCGUCGCGACAACAAGAACACUGCCAAAUCUGAACCAUUCAACCCAAAGUGACGGGUCAUCCCACAAUUCGCUUCUCCUUGGCACGCAUCUCAGGUCACACAACAAAUUUGGCACUACGUACCCCCCAACACUAUCACGGACCUUUCAUCUCAACUGUCCAGUCAUCUUAGCAGGCAUAAACAACAUGAGGCAGUGGCUUGUUGCGGCGCUGACACUCGUCAUCACCUCUGGAGAGUUACCAUUUGAACCGUCAGCGCAAGAUAUCUCUCUGCACAAGCCCGUAAUCAAUGUACCUGGAAGCAACCAAAUGUUAACAGGACACGUGCGGCUAUAUCCUGUCAUCGAUUCAGUAUUGUGUCCAAAUUCUUCCAAUGAAAAGGCCACAGCUGCGGUGAAAAUCCAAAGACGAAAGGGGCUAGGUCACUGCACAGACGGAAUAUCACAGCCCGAAACAGAUCAACUGUUGUUCUACGAGUGUAGUAAGGACAUGGGACCUACUGCAGUUAACGAACGGAACGUUAUUCAAGCCGAGGCUCUUAUUCGGGCACCCAGACUAUCCAGAAUUGCGUCAAAUCAGAGAAGCGCCGAAGCACGCGUCUCAAAGACGCUACAUAUGGAAUCUAUGGCAAUUCCUGCCGCCACUGCGCCCAACCAUGACGCUCUCUUAGAUCACGGGCCCGACUUAGAGACGAGCUCGGCGCCACCCCCAGGGAAAGGUACCAUCGACGGGAGGAGGACAUUGGCGGAAAUGUCGGUAGGCCUCAGUGUGGUGUGCUUCAUAUUCAUUUUCUGGAUGUGAAUGCGACAAUGGCGCGUUUGUUGCAUUUUCGAUAUCACGAGAAGAGACUCGGGAUGGGCCUCCAGGUGCUGCUUUCUCGCGCAGCUGAUCUGGAAGGCACCCACAUUUUGCAUAACUGCUUCCGGCGUUGUAGACACUAUUUCGGCUAGAUACCCUGAGAGGGAGAGCAGCAUGAUCAUUGGUGUUUGGGAGUUUGGAGUAUUGUUUCAAGAAAGACUUCACGAUUAAUGCUAAGAAUAAUGAAUGCCAUC